AUGACAGGUAUAAAAUGGGAGAAAUCAACAUUAUGUCGACCCUCUCAUAAUAUAAUUUCAUCAGAUUUUCCAAAAUAUAUUCCUCAACCGUGGAAGUUUACAGAGGGCCCAUCGAGAAUAGAAUGGUUGUUGUCUUACGAAUAUCAUAGAAUGUGGCUCGAGGAGCGAGAAGCUUGGAAGAAGCGAAUGUAUCCGGAAAAUACCACUGUAAAUAUAGAUGUUGUUAAACGUUACGUUUUAACUUUCAAAAACAAUCAUCAACCGCCGAAACCAUCAAAAAAGAAACCGUUCAAAAUCAAGAGAUUCGAGGGCAUAGGUAGCAAAACUGUUUCAAAACGUUCACCAACGGACAAGGCCAUGAGUUUCGAAAAAAAGAAUGAAAUA